GCCAGACAUCCACGCACUCACCACCACCGAACUCCCGAAGUUUCGUGCACUCGCGAAACAGUGCGCUCGCAGUUACCCCCAAGUUCUCCCGCCAAUUUGGAUUUUACUCGUUUUGGAAACACGUUUUACGAGUAAUUCAUUGGUCCUAGCGGAGUGGGAGUAUUCACUAAUUAAGACCUUGGAACUCAAAAGUGUUUAAAUAAAAUGUGCCAAACUUGGCCAAAACUAAUUUGCAACUAAGAACGUCCAGUGUAAGUGUGUCCCAAUUAAAUAUUGUUUAAGUGGACUAACUCAUCAGGUUGUACUGGAAGUGGAUACGACUUAUUUUAAGUGUUCAGAGACAUUGAUAUAAAUAUGUGGUCCACAUUUGUCUACACGGUCUAUUUUUGGGCAGUUCUUCUUAUUCAAGGAACUUCACAAGCAAAUAUCAAAGUAGAUCCGGCCACAUUACCUACCUUCUUAUCCUCCAGUCAGGCCUUUAAAGUUACUGAUAAAGAUACGGUGGUUUUACCUUGCGAGGUUACGAAUCCAGGGCCUUACGUGCUAGCUUGGAAAAAAGGUAUUGCCGUUCUGUCUGCCGGAAAUGUGAAAGUCUCACCGGAUCCAAGAAUAAACUUGGUGAACGGUUACAAUUUGGAAAUCAAAGAAGCGGGACCUCAAGACGCGGGAGAUUAUGUGUGUCAAAUCGGAACUUAUGAACCGCGGGAAAUUACGCAUACCCUGGAAAUAUUGGUACCGCCACGGAUACACUACGUAACAUCGAAUGGCAGGGUGGAGGUAAAAAAGGGAUCAUCCGUACGUUUGGAAUGUAAAGCUUCCGGGAAUCCGGUCCCGAAAAUCACAUGGUCCAGGAGGAAUAAUUUACUUCCGGGUGGAGAGCAAACUAAAAUUACGACGACGCUGUCUCUAGAACGCGUGGACAGACAUCAAGCUGGUACAUACCAAUGUAUGGCCAGUAAUGGAGUUGGUGACGACGUCAAUCAACAAAUUGUUCUUCAUGUAUUAUAUCCUCCAGAGAUAUCCGUCGAGAGGCCGGUGGUACAUUCAGGUGAAGGUGCUGAAGCUCAGCUUGUCUGCAUUGUCCACGGGGAAAGUCAGCCGGAGGUUUUGUGGUACAAAGACACCAUGCAACUGGACACAACCGAGAGGCUAAUAAAAGAAUCCCGAGGAUCCAGACACACUCUCGUGAUACGUAAAGUACACCGUUCCGACUUUGGAAAUUACACUUGCGUGGCAGAUAAUCAACUGGGAAAAACAAGGAAGAGCGUCCAAUUAUCAGGAACUCCCAACCCAGUCAAAUUUAGUAGUCCCCAACGAGGAAACUGGAGGGAUAGUUAUAACAUCAGCUGGGCCGUCGAAUCUCUAAGUCCGAUAGAAGAAUACAAAUUGCUCUUCAGAAAGUUGCCCGACUCAGCCACAGGUUCAGAAGAUGGCCAUCCCCAACCCCUCCAUCACCAGAGUCAAAGAAAAUUCAUGCCGGGAAGGGAAAAUAAAACGUAUGCGGCAUCAGGCCACAGCGUUUCGUACGGCUACGGCAGGAAAAACGGGAAAGGUGAGUGGAGCGAUGUUAUCUUGCCGGCAAUGCAGACCCAGAGAGACGGCGGAGUCCAGUCCAUGAGCUACGUAAUCAGGGGAUUAGAGGCCAGUCAAAAUUAUGAAGCCAAAGUUCUAGCCCGGAACAAAUUCGGAUGGGGGCCCAUAUCAGAUUCUUUCACGUUUCAUACCACGGAUACAGAUAUGAGCUUUCCUGACCGACCACAAACUCCAAGACACGUAUACAAUGAACAUGAAGUACGAGGUUUAGGCAUCAGAGUAUACAACAAAGCUCCAAUUGCAACCAUCUCACCAUUUAUAGGAAUAAUAUACAUAUUUAUAAAUGCAUUUAUGUGAAUCCUCUGAUUUUACCCUAAACAUAUUAUAUUUUCUUUAUAUGUAAUUUCGAAUCACUGAAUAGGUACUACACCAAGAAUAUUUUUUGAGCUUAACAAUACAGUUAGGUGAUUAAAAUUAUUACAAAUUGUCCAUAAAUAAUAGAGAUUCUAGAGAACUGCAUAUUUAGAAUGUUUUCACAAAAAUGCACUAAGAAGUUUCAAACAUAUGAAUUCGUCACGUUCAAUUUAACAUGUGAAAACAGGCUAAACAAAAUUAUUAUCAAAUAUUAACGUAAUAAUUUGUUGAUAAACCAGUGUAAUGUUAAGCUUGUUUGCUAUAGAUGUGAUUUUUUUAACUAUAAAUGUAAUAUAAAAUCUUUUGUAUGUAAUUAUAUAAAAAACUAUACUUAAUUUUGUAUAUUCUGCUAUAGGCUUUAGGAUGAUUUAAUAUUAGCAUCACUAUACUUGAAAUUUACGAAUUAUAAAUAUGAUACGUUUAUAAAUUGUAAUUCGUAGUCCUGUAUAGAUAUAGAUUUAUGGAUAAUCCUCUGUGUUAAAAAUACAUAUAGUGCCAUAUGAUUAAGCAAUGUAACUGUUAAAUGUUUCUGCUAAAUUUAUAAACUAUAGUUAUAAUGUACCAGAAUUUAAAUAUGUUAUGCAGAUACAUCUUCCAAGUCAUUCCCAAUUGCAUAAUAACACACGUGUAUCUCACAGUUAAUAAACCGCAAUUAAACACAAGAAAUUAAAUCAAAAUCUCAUUACAAAAAACACAUAUAUUGGAAGAUGUAUCAAAAUAUUGACGCUAGAAACAUGUUAAAACACCGACAAAAAUUCACGCAGAGAAACUAUAAUUAUUUUUGGGAAGUGUACGCUUAAAUGUAAUAGAGGAAAAAUUAUUUAUAUUUAUUUCUAUGGUAUACUCGUAAAACGGUGUUUUAACACAUAUUCUAUUAUUGUGUUUCAGUAAAUGGGUCCAAAUAGCCUACUGCUUUUUAAUUUACAUUUUCGUGUAUUGUGGUAAUGUGAAGCAAAUUUCAAGUGGUGUGAUGAUUGUGAAUGAAAAACAAUAACGUGCCAUUACAGCUGCUGACGAAGGUAUUACAAAUUGUUAAAAUGAGAGUGAUCUUGAAAAUAAUGUAAAAUUGCUAUUCAUUACCCACGAACCACUAAUUUGCGAUUGUGUUCUGAACCCCUAUUUUUUAACCAACCGUAUAUACGUACCUACACUAAUUUUAAAUGUACAUACAUAUAACAUAGAUGCUUUUAAAUAUUUCUACCUAUUCUAUAUACACAGUAUUAAUGUACAUAUUAAGUGUAUUUUAAAACACAAUUAUUGAGACCUUCUAAUUUAAAAUAAAUUAUUUAUUUAAAUUAGAAUGUAUUUUGGUGCAGGUGAUCCAGGUGUAUGUCUAUCAGACAUUGUCUAUUUAGAAAAGAUUAUUUUUAUUAUGUAUAAAAUAAGAAGCUUAUAAGUGUCGUGAUAUAUGAUAAUCAUACUAACUAACACUAGUCUAUUCACCAGUCAUGGGCCAUCCAAACUCGUGCACGAAUCAUCUACAUGUAUUUGGUUUAAGCAAUAAGAAUCUAAUCUCGUCUCAUUUAUCAUUAUCCAAUUUUAACGUUUACUAAUCCACGUGAAAAAAUAUGAAUAUGAAGUACUAUUUGUUAACACAUUUCAUUUACAGGUUUAUGCACAUACCAAUCGAAAAUCGUCUGGUCCGACUGAAUUUUGAGGGAGACCUCGUACACGAUAGAGGCAGUAAAACUCUACAAAUUUGCUUCGUGGUGGGGAUAUUUUAGUGUCUCUGUCGUGCAUGACGUCUCUCUCAAAAUUCAGUAGGAUCAAAGGCUUCCCAAUCGGUAUAUACGUAACAACAAUACUCAAAAAAUUAGUUUGUUUAUUGUUACAAGUUUACUUCAUUGUUCUACGUUAUAAAAUAACACGGCAAAAUAUACUAACUACAUUUCUGUGCAUAAAGACAAUGUAGGAAUUGGAUAAGUUAAGAGAAAUGUUGCAUCUGCUAUUAUGAUUUACUUUGUAUGAUGCAUGUCGUACAUGGAACUGAGAAAUUAAUUAAUAAUAAACCAUGUUUAUAUUGUA